AUGAAUCAUACAGAGAGUCCAGCAGUAUCUGAAAAGGACAAGAAUGCUCUUUCCACUACAUCAAAUGACCCACAAAAGAUCCAUUCACCGCGAAAAAUGGAGAAGAUUGUACAAGAAGGAAUAAUCCUUGCUGGGGGUGCUGUUGCCAUCCUCUUACAGGUGGCUGAACCGGGAGUCGCCAAGGGGGUUGAUGAGCACAGCAACUUCGCAUACCGGCCAAUGGACCGUCUUCGUACAACAAUGACAUAUGUUUACUGUAUGGUAUACGGUACGGAGAAAGAGAAAAUGAUCGUGAUAGACAUGGUACAUCGGGCGCACAAUUCUGUUAGUGGACCAGACUACUCUGCAGAUGACCCCAAGCUCCAACUCUGGGUUGCUGCAACACUCUAUGCUGUCGCAAUCGACAUAUAUGAGCGCACCUUUGGCCCCAUAAACGAGGAUCAAUCAGAGCAAAUUUACAGAGAAUAUUCAGUACUUGCAGAAUCGCUGCGAGUUCCACCAGACCUCUGGCCUACAAGUCGUCAAGAAUUUUGGAAAUACUGGGACCACCAAAUUGCGACUAUGGAGAUCACUCAACAUGCCAAAAAUGUUGCUCAAGAUCUUCUUCGUAAUAGAAAAGUACCUCUAUUCAUUCGAGCAUUGCUUCCGAUGAUCCGCCUCACUUCAACUGAGAUGCUACCGAUCAGGCUCCGCGAUGCCUACGAGCUGAGAUCGAGUAAAACUCGAAAUCGAACUCACCGCUUUCUAAUGGCUAUUACAAGGACCACAUACCCCCAUCUCCCAGAGAGGUUGCGUACCUACCCUAUGAGGUAUUAUUUGAAAGACAUGCGACGACGUCUCCGUGAUGCCAUUUGA